UAAUGUUGUAGGAUCCUAGAAAAAAUUGUCACAUGUAUAAUAUCCGAAAUAGACUAAGCGGUAUUUAAAUAAACAAGUUACGCAUAUGUUGAGUCCAAGACCUUAAUACGCUUUGUUUCAAAAAUAAAUUAAUAACUCCUUAAAUAUUAAAUCUUGAAAAGAAAGGUAUAAGAUUUGAUUUGAUAGAAGCUCAAUUAAUGGUUCCAAAGUUGCCAUUCGACAUUUUUCAAUUUAAUCGGCCUAAAAAACAUACUCCCCUAAAUUCUUUAUUUCUUGUUGUCCAAAAAAGAAAAAAAAAAAAACUCUUUAUUUCUAUACCAUUGCUCAUGGUAUAAACGUAUAAUUACCUAUUUCUAUACCAUUGACUUAUUAUAUACAAAAAAUAUUAUUAAAAAAAAAAACUAAAAAAAAAAAUCACCCUCGUCUGUAAUCCAAGUUGGCGUCAAUUUCGUUACACCUUUCAUUACUAGAGUUCAAAAUAAUCCUCAAAACAAUACUCCCCUAAAUUCUCUCAAAAAAAAAAAAAAACAUCAUUCCUCCUUAAAACUAAAUCAAUUACUUUUUUGUCAUCUCCUCUCAAAUCUAUCCUUGAUCAAAAUAACAUUCAUGCUUCACACCCACGCAUCCUAUUUUAUCUUUCAUGUGUGCAAGUAAAACAACAUUUAAGACAAAAUGGGUUGCGGAGGAUCUAAGCUGGAGUCGGAACAAGAGGCUGGCCUCCGACCAAUCCUUCGUCGUAGGAUCGACGAGUUUCUAGCAAGAAGAAACGCUGGGCUUUCCAAGAAGCAACUCCUUGCAGGCGACGUUACUGCCUCUCAUCGUUCUGAAGUAGAAGAAGAGGAAGAAGAAAAAGAAGAGAUCGUUACUAAGGAAGAUAAAACGUCUAUUUCGCCUCCUAAUGCUUCUGAUGACGAUCAUGCCUCCUUUCUUAAACAAGAUAGCCCUCCUUCCCCUCAAAAAAUUUCUAACAUUGAUGAUAAUAGUGCAUCAAUAUUAUUUUCACCUAUAUUAGAGGAUAUAAAUGAUGUUAUUAACAUUAAAAAUGAUGUUAACAACGUUAAAAAUGAUGUUAUUAUUAAUGAUGUUGAUGAAAUAAAAUUUGAAUAUAAUUUGCAUGACAAUGAAGUAAUCAAGGAGGAGGAAUGCACGUUUGAUCAAGAUGAGCAUGAGAGAUCGGAGUUGUUGUCUCCGAGCUCCCCUAGUUUUCGAGUUUAUUGUGUUCAUUCUCUUGACGAAGAAGAGCUAGAUGAUGUUGUAGGACAACUUGAACCAGUAGAAGAAUGCAGCCAAGAAGAUGAUAAAAAUUGGUUACGACAAGAAUCAUCUAAUUCAAAUGAGGUAGUGGAAGAGAAGCACACCAUAUUGAAGAAGCAUAAAAGAGUGAAGAUGUUUAAGAUAGGAACUCCAAAAGGAGGAAAACAUAUUUUUCAUAACAUGCAUUAUUCGUUAUAUCACCUUCCUUGUACUUCACACAAUUCUCAUUUCAUUCAACAAGCAGCUGCGUGAUAAUAUUCAAUGAAACAUACAUACGUCGCGUCUCUAUAAUUAUUAGGAGGAGCUUAAUUCUCAAUUCGAUCUAGGAGAGAAAUAAAGGAGGGAUUUGAAAUGGUAUUUGAUUUUCCUAGUAAUGAUUUUUCAGUUUCGUUUUUAUGUGUAGGAAGAUGAUAUGAUCUUACUAUAGCAAACCUACAGCGUAGUUGCGGGCAUGAUUUCAUGCAUAUUCUAUGAUUUUCUUGUAGGAAAUGCAAAAUAUUGCUUGAUCUUUUCUCAUCUUCAAUGUUCAUCUAUUUUGUUAUAUGAAAAAUAUGUCCUUGUGAUCAUUUGGUAAGAAUAACACA